AUGAACACAAAUAACAACAACAACAACACAAACACAAACAACAACAACAACGUCCUGAAGAAAACCGUUGAUCUAGGAUCUUCUUCAGAAGACGACCUACUAGCCUCUAGUCAAGAGACUCUGGUCGCAAUGUCAGGCAGCUUGGGUGACCGUCACAGCACUCUACUGCCCUCCAAAAACUUGACAAAUGCACCUCUUCAAUCGGAUGCCAAGAAUGCUGCCAGCGGUGCCCAUGAGCGUGAUGAAGAAGAUCGCGCUAAAUACCAGGCUGUGGUAGAUGAGUACCAAAAGUUUUUGGAUUCCGUACCCAGUACAUCAAAGGCAGCAGCCGAAGAAACAGAGAGGUCCAAGCGCAAUCGCUCUUAG